GAAAGGGUGUGCAGGUUCAGCACGUUGAAAGGUGUGCUGUCGAGGAAGAAGUUGGAGGCGAACCAGUGCAACCGCAAGUCUAGGGGAUCUUGGGGGACAUACACUCAGGAUGCUGGUCGCCCUCGUCGUCCUCCUCUUUUGCUUCAGAGGACGUGCAGGCCCAUCGCCCUAUUUCCUGCAACAGCCGGAGGAUCUGGUGGUGCUGCUAGGGGACGAAGCUCGCCUGCCCUGUGUGCUGGGUGCAUACAGGGGGCUCGUGCAGUGGACUAAGGAUGGGUUGGCUCUAGGGGGUGAAAGGGACCUUCCAGGGUGGUCCCGGUACUGGAUAUCAGGGAGUGCAGCCAGUGGUCAGCAUGACCUCCACAUUAAGCCUGUGGAACUGGAAGAUGAAGCAUCAUAUGAGUGUCAGGCUUCCCAAGCAGGCCUUCGAUCACGACCAGCCCAGUUGCACGUGCUGGUACCCCCAGAAGCCCCCCAGGUGCUAGGCGGCCCCUCUGUGUCUCUGAUCGCUGGAGUUCCUGGGAAUCUGACCUGUCGGAGCCAAGGAGAUGCCCGACCUGCCCCUGAACUGUUGUGGUUCCGUGAUGGGAUCCGGCUGGAUGGGACCACCUUCCACCAGACCUUGCUGAAGGAUGAGACCACCGGGUCAGUGGAAAGCACCUUAUUCCUGACCCCUUCAAGUCAAGAUGACGGAGCCACCUUAGUCUGCAGAGCCCGAAGCCAUGCCAUGCCUAGAGGGAGGGACACUGCAGUCACACUGAGCCUGCAGUACCCACCAGUGGUGACUCUGUCUGCUGAGCCCCAGACUGUGCAGGAGGGAGAGAAGGUCAGUUUCUUGUGUCAAGCCACGGCCCAGCCUCCUGUUACUGGAUACAGGUGGGCAAAGGGGGGAUCCCCGGUGCUCGGGGCCCGCGGGCCAAGGUUGGAGGUCGUGGCAGACGCCUCAUUCCUAACCGAGCCGGUGUCCUGCGAGGUCACCAACGCUGUGGGAAGUGCCAACCGCAGCACCGCGCUGGAUGUGCAGUUCGGACCUAUUCUGCUGGCAAAACCGAAGCCGAUGUCCGUGGACGUGGGGCAAGAUGCCUCCUUCAUCUGUGCCUGGCGCGGGAACCCACUUCCACGAAUAACCUGGACGCACCUCGGUGGCGCGCAGGUGCUGAGCUCCGGGCCCACUCUGCGCCUUCCGUCCGUGGGCCUGGAAGAUGCAGGCGACUAUGUAUGCAGGGCUGAGCCAAGGCACUCGGGCCUGGGAGGCGGCACAGCUCAGGCUAGGCUGACUGUGAACGCUCCCCCAGUAGUGACCGCCCUGCACCCCGCGCCAGCCUUCCUGAGGGGCCCUGCUCGCCUCCAGUGUGUGGUGUUUGCUUCUCCUGCCCCAGACUCAGUGGUCUGGUCUUGGGAUGAGGGCUUCCUGGAGGCAGGGUCACUAGGCAGGUUCCUGGUGGAGACCUUCCCAGCCCCAGAAGUGGAGGGAGGACAGGGUCCAGGCCUGAUCUCUGUGCUGCACAUUUCUGGGACCCAGGAAUCCGACUUUACCAGGGGCUUCAACUGCAGUGCCCGAAACCGCCUGGGCCAGGGAGGAACACAGGUCCACCUGGGCCGUAGAGACCUGCUGCCCACUGUGCAGAUCAUGGCUGGAGUAGCCUCUGCGGCCACCACACUCCUUAUGGUCAUCACCGGAAUAGCCCUCUGCUGCUGGCGCCAUGCCUCUUUCUCCAAGCAAAAGAACUUGGUACGUAUCCCAGGAAGCAGCGAUGGCUCCAGUUCACGUGGCCCUGAGGAGGAGACAGGCAGCAGUGAGGAACGGGGUCCCAUUGUGCACACAGAUCACAGUGACUUGGUUCUCAAUGAGAAAGAGGCUCUGGAGACCAAGGAUCCAACCAACGGUUACUACAAGGUGCGAGGGGUCAGUGUGAGCCUGAGCCUUGGGGAAGCCCCUGGAGGAGGCCUUUUCCUGCCACCCCCCUCUCCGAUGGGACUUCCAGGGACACCCACCUACUAUGACUUCAACCCACACCUGGACAUGCCCCCUUGCAGACUCUACAGAGCACGGGCAGGCUAUCUCACCACACCUCAUCCUCGUGCUUUCACAAGCUACAUGAAACCCACAUCCUUUGGAACCCCAGAUUUGACCUCUGGGACUCCCCCUUUUCCCUAUGCUGCCUUGUCUACACCCACCCACCAGCGUCUCCAGACUCAUGUGUGAGGACAUCUCUCCAACUGAAGAGUCUU